AUGUUGAGGCUUGCGGCGAAGAGACUUCUCCAAGGGGGGCGGCUAGGGUCACAUGAGGCUCAGUCACCGGCGGUCCUGAGCCUGCCACGUUUUUACCAUGAGAGGGUGGUGGACCACUACGACAACCCGCGCAACGUCGGAUCGUUCGACAAGCAUGAUCCUACGGUGGGCACGGGACUCGUCGGUGCGCCCGCUUGUGGCGAUGUGAUGAAGCUCCAGAUUAAGGUCGAUGACAGCACGGGAAAGAUUGUUGAUGCUUGCUUCAAGACCUUUGGCUGUGGAUCGGCCAUUGCCUCUUCUUCUGUCGCUACUGAAUGGGUAAAGGGGAAACAAAUGGAGGAAGUCUUGACUAUUAAGAACACAGAGAUUGCAAAACAUCUCUCUCUUCCUCCUGUUAAGCUUCACUGCAGCAUGCUCGCUGAGGAUGCUAUCAAGGCAGCUAUUAAAGAUUAUCAGGCCAAGCAAACCAAAUCAAAUGGCAGUACAGGGGCAACUCCUGUUGAGAAGGCUGCUAAUGCUUGA